AUGGUCUCGCCUGCCUCUACGGCGGCACCGGCGGGAGCGCGUGCGCAGCGCGUCAAGGUCCCGCCGCCGGACAUGUCGCGCCUCCUGGCAGACCACGAGGCGCGCCGCCGUGCGAUCGUGACGGGCGCGGCGGCGCCCACACGCAGCGCAGAGGCCAGCGAGUGGAGCGGCAGCGACUCAGGCGCUGAUGGGCUGCAGCACGGCCAAGAGGCGGAACCCCGGGAUGGUUUGGAGUUGGACGGCGAUCUGCAGGAUGAUCUGGGAGGCGCACCCGCCGCGCGGCGGCGCGCCGGAAGGCGAAGGGGCGCGGUGCUGGAGGACGAUGAUGACGAGGCGGACACAGGGGUUCGCGGCCCACAGGCUGGCCCAGGCAGCGACCAUCAAAAGGGGCGGCAAGAGGCGCAGGGUGCGGCGGCGGCGGCGGCGGUGGCGGCGGCAGCGGCGGCGGCGGACGCGAUCGUGGACCUAGCCGCCGAGGAGGCGGCCGCGGCCGAGCGCCUGAGACGGGCGGCGGCUGUUGUCGCUGAAGACCUUGGGGAGCUGGUUGAGGAGGCGCAUGCGCGGCGCGUGGGUUCAGACGAUGACGAGGUGGCGGCGGCGCGGGGGGAGACGGAUGGUCUGGAUGGGGCCAAGGAGGAGGAGGAGGAGGGCAGCAUGGGCGAUUUCAUAGUCCACGACAGCGGAGAUGAGGUGGGGCCACGGCGCGGCGGCGGCAGCGGCGACGGCAGCGGCGACGAGGAGGAGGGGGUGGAGGAAGAGGAGGAGGCGGAAGAGGACGACGGGGACGACGAGGGUGGCUGGGCCGCGGGUGGGUACGUGGCCAGCCCUGCGGCGAGGGCGGUGCGUAACCUGAGUGACAGGGAGACGCUGGAGUGCUACCUGCGGUACCUCCUCACAGUCAAGCUGUAUCCCAGCUACGAGCAGGACGCCAAGGUUUCCAAGAGGAGCUUUGAUGUUUCGCUCCAAACCUCCAUGAAGAAGAUGGUCGACAAGCUGGAGUGGUGGCGCAACCAGGGCCACAAGGCCACCUGGGUGUCGGCCCACCCCGCCUUGGCCAGCAGCCUCUACCUGCUGCCCCACCUGGCGGACGAGGAGGGCUGUCUCGACUACGACUCUGACCAGCGCUGCGCCCUCUGCUACAACAGAUGCGGCGGGCAUAACAAGGUCGUCUUGUCUGGCAAGCCGCAGCACGCGACCGGCCGCCACUUGUCGCGCCACGGCAUGCUGGCCCCGAAGCGGGGCGACCGCGCCACCAGCAAGGCGCGCGUGGGCUCGGCGGCCGGCGACGGCGACAGCCAGUAUGGCGGUAGCGAGGGCGACACCGGCAGCAGCACCUCGGGUUCUGACAUGGCACUCACCAGCCGCGAUCUGGGCGGCCUUAAGUCGUUCGAGCGCUACGGCACCCAGAUUAUGCGUCGCUGGCGGCGGCAACUCGACAGGGCGGUGCGAGAGGGGCGGCCGUACCCGCCCUGCCCCUGGAGGCAGGGGGCGCAGCAGAUGUUUGCCCUGAGGGGCGUAGUGGCAGGGGCGCAUCCUCCAUCAGCCACAGAAGAAGAGACUGGCGAUGAUGAGCAUUUCGAUGGAGGCUUGCAGGAGGAGGAGGAGCAGGAGCAGGAGGAGCCAGGGCCUCGGCGGCGCGGCAAUGCGCUGGUGUCCACCAAGCGAGGCGAGGAGCCUCGUCAGCAAUCGCCUGCCGGCAAGGGGCAGCAGGGCCUGGCGUCCCUGCGGCAGCCGCGGCCUGCUGCUGCCGUCGUCAUCAGUAGCACGCCCAGCGUAGGCAGUGGGGGCAACGGGGACAGCAGCAGCGACGACGACAGAGAGACCCUGCAGCAGCGUGUCUCGCGGCUCAGCGCCUCCCAGCCGACGCCUCAGAACGCGGCUCGGCCGGCGGCAGCAGCAGCGAAAGCCGCACGAGCCGCAGCAGCAGCAACAGCAGCAGCAGCAGCAGACGCCGCACCGCCGCCGGCGGACAGUCGGGCGACACGGGGCUGCACGGCCGCCGCACGCGGCAAAGCCGCGGCCGCAUCCCCGCAGGCGCCCCCGCCGGCCGCGCCGCGCCGCGCGACGCGUAGCCAAGCGGCAGCCUCGCAACAGCUGGAGCAGCGCCGGCCGGGCCCAGCCGCGCGGGACGUGGGGGGCCGGCCGCAGCGGGAGCGGCGGAAGAGCCAGCGGGCUCUUGAGGCGGAGGAAAAUGGUGACGACCAGGGGCGGCUGUCUGCAGGCGGUGACGACCCUGACUACCAGGCGGAUGAGGGUGAUGAGAGCAGCGGCGGCAGCAGCUGCAGCGACAGCGGGGACGACGAUCAAAGGGACGAGCAAGCCGAGCGGCAGAGGCCGAGCGAGGAGGAGGGCGAAUGGGAGGAGAUGGCAGGGGGCUCGACCGGGACUGAGGAUGGGUGGGAGAGCGACGACGAGGAGGAGGAAAGGCCUGGGGCCGGCAGGCGGCGGAGGGCUACGAGCGGGGCUCACGGGAAGGCGGCCACGCGGGGCUCGCAGGGCGCGGUGGCGUCGGCCCCCGCGGGGAAGAUGGAGGCCGCAGGCGGCCGGCGGCCGAGGCGUGGUGUGGGCCGCGGGCAGCGGCAGCAGCAGGAGGAGGAGCAGCAGCGGCAGAAGCAGGAGGAGGAGCAGGCACGGCGUCGGCGAAGGCCAAAGCACGAGCAGUACCCCAGCGGCCCUAAGGAGCAGCGGCCCCAGCCGCGGCGCGCGCCGCGACGCCGGCGGCCGCGCAGCCCACCGCAGGCAUUCCACGCAGAAGACGACUCGACCGGCGGCAGCGACGGCGGCGGCAGCGGCGAGCGCGACCUCGGCGGCAGCGACGGCGCCUACGGGUGGCGUCCCGCAAAGCAUAAGACGGGCUUCAGGCGCCGCGGCUUCAUCAUUGGCAGGUGUGGCUGA